AUGGAUCCAGCUACAGUUGAACAACUAGAUUUCGGGGAAGAAGAAUACGAUGGAAAUCAUAAGUUGCAAUAUCCUCAGGGUGGUGCUAUACCCGCACUUGCUGACGAGGAAAUGAUUGGUGAUGAGGAUGAAUAUGAUGACCUCUACAAUGAUGUUAACGUGGGAGAGGGUUUCCUUCAAAUGCAGCGGUCUGAGUCACAAAUACCUUCUGCUCCGGGAAACAGUGAGUUCCAAACUUCGAAAAAUUCUGAAACCAGAGCCGAUGCAUUGCCCUCCAAAGACACAAACGAUGCCCGGGUUGCCAAUGCAGCCAAACUCCCUGAACAAACGACGAGCAUGCCAAUAAAACAAACUGUGGAGAGGGGAACACUUCCUGAAACGGCACAAAAUUCUCAGUCCGGGCAUUUGGUAGGAGGAUAUACCUAUCAAGGAUCAGCAGGCAUACCUCAUAAUACUGCCCCAGACCGUGUGAACUGCUCAGUAAAAGCAACUGGGGAUCCAUCUAUCCCGUUCCCUAACAUGGGUGCCUCGAGCGGCGCUCAGCAGGUUCCUCCGCCUAACGUGACAACUUCAGACCGCCCAGUGGACUCCGAGUACCUGAUACGGUCGUCCGUGGAAAACGGGAACACAAUGUUGUUUGUAGGGGAACUGCACUGGUGGACCACGGAUGCUGAACUGGAAAGCGUGCUCAUUCAUUACGGGAGGGUCAAGGAGAUCAAGUUUUUCGAUGAGAGGGCGAGUGGGAAAUCGAAAGGGUACUGCCAGGUUGAGUUUUAUGACGCUUGUGCAGCCUCCGCUUGCAAGGAAGGCAUGAAUGGUCACGUUUUCAACGGGCGGCCUUGUGUGGUCGCAUUUGCCACCCCACAAACCAUAAGGCAGAUGGGUGCCUCCUACAUGAACAAGAACCAAGCCCAGGCGCAGCAUCAGCCGCAGCAGGGUAGGAAUCCCCAACAUGACGGCGCGGGGGGGAGGGGCAACGGGUCGAAUUAUUCAGGUGGAGACUCGGGUAGGAACUUUGGACGAGGCGGCUGGGGACGAGGGAAUCAGUUGAAUAAUAGAGGCCCUGGGGCUGGGCCAAUGAGAGGAAGAGGGGGCAUGGGGAACCGAAAUAUGAUGGGGACCGCACCCAAUGCUGGAAAUUUCGGUCAAGGCCUUAACGGGCCUGGUAUCGGUGGCCCACCUGGGUUGAUGCAUCCUCAGGGGAUGAUGGGCCCUGGUUUUGACUUGGCGUUUAUGGGAAGAGGUGCUGGUGGCUAUGGGGGCUUCUCAUCUCCCGCUUUCCCGGGUAUGCUUCCCCCAUUUCAAGGCAUGAACUCGAUGGGGGGGCUUCCGGGGGUGGCUCCUCAUGUCAACCCAGCGUUUUUUGGUCGAGGAAUGAGUCCGAGUGGGAUGGGCAUGAUGGGGAAUGCAGGGGGGAUGGGUGGGCCCCACUCGGGGAUGUGGAAUGAUGGUAAUAACAUGGGUGGGUGGGGAGGGCAGGAACAUGGACGGGAGUCUAGUUAUGCUGGUGAGGACAAUGCAUCUGAGUACGGGUAUGGUGAGGUGAGUCAUGACAAGGGCGUGAGGUCCAGUGGUGCUUCAAGAGACAAAGAAAGAAAUUUGGAUCGUGACUGGUCGAGUAACCCCGAGAAGAGGCAUCGGGAGGAGAAGGAGCACGAUGGGGAAAGAUAUGAUAGGGAAAGUAGGUACAGGGAAGACAAGGAUCGUUAUCGAGACUAUCGCCACAAGGAUCGUGACUCGGGUUACGAUGAUGACUGGGAUAGAGGACAAUCCUCGAGGUCACGUAGCAGAUCAGGUGCGGUGCCGGAAGACGAUCACCACAGGUCUCGUUCUAGGGAUGCUGAUAAUGGUAAGAGGAGACGUAUGGCAUCUGAAUGA